AUUUUGCAAUCCUGGGGAAAUCAGCUGGCGAUGAUGGCAGAAGGAGCAGGGGAGGCGAAGGCGAAGAGGAAGAUGAGAGACGGCAGAGACAAGGCCAAGAACUCCAAGACGACGAAACCAUCUCCGGCCAUUCCCAAGUGGCCCCUCGUCAAGCCCAAGCAAGAUCUCCAGAUCACUCGCCUCAAGGAUACCGAUCUCUUCACCGUGCAGAAUUUUUUCACUCCAGCCGAAUCUAAUGCAUUUGUAAAAGUUGCUGAAUCCAUUGGCUUUGUUCACCAAGGAAGCCUUGGCCCAACGAAAGGCGAAGCUUACAGGGACAAUGAUAGAAUUUCUGUCACUGAUCCCCUGCUUGCAAAUGCAAUAUGGGAAUCUGGACUUAGCAAAUUGUUCUCUGAUAUCAAAAUUCGAGGGAGGGUUGCUGUUGGGUUGACAAAUCUCAGAUUUUACAGGUACAAGGUUGGUCAACGAUUUGGAAGACAUAUUGAUGAAAGUGUUGAUCUUGGUGAAGGAAAACGUACCCACUACACCUUACUAAUUUACUUAAGUGGUGGUUCAAAGUCAAAAGCCAAGAAUGAUUCAAGCAACCGUAGUAAUUCUCCUUCAGAGCUGCUGGUUGGAGGAGAAACUGUCUUCUAUAAUUCAAGAAAUGGUAUUGUGGCUGAGGUCGCUCCAGCUGAAGGAAUGGCUCUACUUCAUAUACAUGGUGAUAAGUGUAUGCUUCAUGAGGCGCGCAAUGUGACAAAGGGUGUCAAGUAUGUCUUUCGUUCUGAUGUAGCUUUUGCUUGAGUUCAAUUUGUUGAUCAAGCCUUUACCAGUCACAUAGAAAGAUAAGUAAGCAUAGAUACGUUUUGUAUCUUGAUGAAGUGAGCUUGGUCAUCUUUCAAAAGUGUACUGUAUCUACUAUGACCAUUCUGAUCAUUUUUGUACCUCCUUCCUUA